AGAUCGAUAAGGACCAUCUUCUGCAACUCUCCGGCUUUUGGGAGCAGGAAGUGGGGAGCAUCUUGAUACACGCCAUUUUCCCUGUGUGUUGGGUUGGAUCCAGGACGGACCGUAGCCGUCCUAUCAGUCCCUCUCUCUCUCCCCCUCCCCCUCCCCCCCGUACCUUCCCAGUCUGCCGGACUUCUUCUUUGGGAAAAUAACCAGUAAGGCGGCUUCAAAAACAAAUCCGUAGUCAUCGCAUUUCUCCGGAGACAGGGAAAAACAUCCAGAUCUCGAGACACAUUACCAAAUUCCCCGAGCUGCAGAAUCUCCCUGUCAGCCUUUCUUCAUCCCACCCCCCCUCAGCCGGAGCCAACCGUGGUGAGCGGUUGCUGGUCAUCAGCACAGCACAUUAUUACGGUACCUGCACACUGCUUAGCGUCUAAUCGAGCCUCAUACGAAAUGACGACCCCUACCUCCAUUGCUCGGACGGCUCCUAUAGCUAUAGCUUCCCGGACGCCCCGCAACAUUGAACCUUCAAUUGAAAUGUCUACCAGUAACGAUAUUGGCCAAAGUACCCUUGCGACAAGCAUGAGUAGCUCAACAUCUACCGAUUCCGGUUUAAAUAUGAGAAGUCGGAAGGAUAGGCCUUGCGACGCAUGUAGAAAGAGGAAAAGCAGAUGUGUAGUUAACGAGGGCCAGACGAGUUGUGUGUUAUGUCAAUUCCACACGCAAGAAUGCACUCUUGUACAAAGUCCUCAGCCGAGGAAAAGAAAGCUCAACACAGAAGGCAAGGAGGAGUCGGUGGCCAAAAGAAGGUAUGUUGGAAAUUUCCGUGUUAUGGAAAAAACCAUGUCUCGUAACAAGAUAGAUGACUACUUGGUGCUCGUCACGCUUACGAGAUUCCAUAUAGGUCACCAGACAGAGACGACCGACGAAGACAACCAGAAACAAUUUCAAGUAGCGGGGCAACUAACUCAUUAAUCGAGGACAUGGCAAAUAUUGGAGGGCCGAUCCAGUUAAAACGAACGCUCGGCUUACAGAAUGAUCGAUAUAGCCAAUAUAUUGGGCCGACAACCGAUUUUGAACCAUCUCUCAUAGAUCUAUCUCAAUUCGACCCUCAGGAUGAGAGCUUGCUAUCCAGAGGCACUCUACGAAAAGUCAGCAAUGUAGACACUUUUCUUAUGCUACCGGACUACAAUACCCUAGGCCAUGAACAUUGUGGUGAAGAUGCAGAUGCGAUUGAAAGUAUCGUUGCUCCACAUGGACCAGCCCUGAUGGAGUUGUACUUUCGCAUCAUCCAUCCUAACUUUCCUAUUCUACAAAAAACUGUUGUUCUUGAAAAAUAUCACAGAUCGUAUCGAGAAUUUUCACCCCCUCUCCUUGCUGCUAUAUACAUCCUUGCCAUCAAUUGGUGGGACCAUAGCGAUGAACUUGGAGGUGCGGACGUUCCACGGCCAAAUGUUGAAGAGUUGGAACGUCUUGUUCGUGUAACCUUGGCAGAUGCUAUGUAUCGCCCAAAACUCUCUGUUGUGUAGGUGAAAAGCAAAGUCUUUUUCCUGGCACCCAACACACUCUAUCUGUGUUUUAUCUCGAGAAACUGUCUCUCGGAAUCAAACCACCCUCCUUCCAGUUGUCACCGGUUCUUUCUAAGCGAAUAUAAGCUGAUUUGUCGUGUUCUAGGCAAGCUGGUCUGUUACUCUCGCAGCGACCGGAAGGAGACCAAUGGGCUCCCACCGCACAGCUUGUAAGAUCUUUCUUCUUCAAAAAGAACUUCAAAUUGCUUCUGGUGCUAACUUUAUCAACAGGUGGCCAUUUCUCAGGAAUUGGGACUCCAUCUUGACUGUUCUAAUUGGAAAAUUCCUCCUUGGGAACGUGGACUUCGAAGACGCCUCGCUUGGGCACUGUAUAUGCAAGACAAGUGGGGUUCCCUAGUCCACGGAAGACCGUCUCAUAUUUUUGCAUCAAACUGGGCGGUUAAACCGCUUUCUUUGAAUGACUUUCCAGACGUUGAAUAUGAUGAAAAUGAUAGUGCUGAAGCCGCUGAAUACGAGCGCGGUCGUCUUCUUUUCACCCACAUGAUCAUACUCUCUCAGAUCCUUGCCGAAGUCCUCGAUACUUUCUAUACCCUCCAAGCAAUGUCGACUGUCGACUCAGCCGGACCACAAGGAACGCAUCUGGUUCUCCAAUUGGCAAAACCCGUCCAAUUGAAAUUGAAAGAUUGGUUCGCAGGCUUACCUGCAUGUCUUCGCAUGGAUUCGCCCUCUAAUAUCCAAAUCUCGAAUAGUAGUAAGCUCUCAUCAACGGGCUUUUUGCAUCUUGCCUACUUUGCCACCGAAAUUACUCUCCAUCGCCGCAUCAUCCGCUCACUUUCCUCACCAACCACUUCCCCAGACAGCAAACCUGCUCUCGACCCCUACAUCGUCCACAUCUGUCGCUCGGCAGCCAAAACCCGUCUGAUCUCCGCCAUGGACUUUGUCAACCGACUCACCUCCUCUCACCUCCGUGCAUUUUGGUACUUUGCAUCCAAGACAAAUUUCGCAUUAAUCGGAACCUUUGGCUCGCUCCUCUGGGCCACUGCACCCGGAAGAGAAGAAGCAGACUGGUAUCGAAGACGAUUAGGCGAAUACCGUUGGACGCUAGCUGUGAGCUGCAAAGGCGGUACAGGUGCCGACGGCGCCGGCACGCGACUCACGGAAUUCGCAAUGGGCAUGCUCGACACCUCGGCCGGACUUCUCAAAGCGCUCCCAGAGAAACCUGCUCUCUCACGUGUUGGCUCCGAGUCCGACAACUUAAGUCGAAGCCGGAAUCGUUCUGCCGUGGAAGGAUUCGGAUUCGGCUCCUUUGGUACCGGAACCGCUGGCGGCUUUGGCAUCGGUCCUGCGAGGGGCGAUGGGUCGGUUGGGAGUUUUGGUGAUUCGGCGUUCAGUCGCGAUGGUGAGAAUGGCGAGAACGGAUUGGGACUGAGGAUUGGGAGUGGAGCUAGUGGGCUGGAUAGUCCGAGUACGAGUGUCAGUUCCAGUGGAGGGAGUCAGGGUGGGUUUGAUGGGUACUCCGGUCAUACCACUGGGUUUGGUGCUAUGAGAGGGGAGGAGACAACCGUUUGA